CAACUGAACCAGAUAAAUAGUCCCACGGAAUCUCAAUCUUCUGAUUCACAGGAGGUAAAUAAAGUUUCAGGCCAGAAAUCAACUAAAUCGGCCUGUCCAGUUGUACAUAGUUCUAAAACUACUCCAUUGUAUUCGCAACACAGGGACGUUUUUCCGCGCUUGGAGCUUUCUGAUUCAGUUGACACAAAAAGACGUUUAGAUAAGAAGCUCUUUAAAUCAUUUGGUCCUGCUGCGAGUGGUUACAAAGAGGAUAUGUCUUCCAAACAACAUCUGCUUCAACAAGAUACUUAUGAUAUUAAGUCUGGUUGUGCUUCAGCUUCCAAAGCUACGAAGCUGGUUGAUAAAGUGAAGUCAUCUUCAAAUCCGUUUCUACAGUCCAAUUCUCAUGUGAAUCUGGCGAUGCCAUCUCAUACCAUUCUCAAACGGAAAUAUUCCUCAUCUCAUUCAGCCUCCGAUUCUGACAAAGCAUCAGCACCUUCAAGGAAAAAACUUACCCGAUCUGCAGGUCCAGCUUUACUUGAUUCGAAAAGCCUAAUGGGUCCCAAACAACAAGAAUGUUCAUCUGAGACCGAUUCAGAUUCAGAUUCAGAUUCCACAUAUGCUUUGUCUGUUCCAAAAAUUAAUUUAGUUUCGAAGUCCUUGGUUCAGCCCUGUACCCAUGCAGACGUUACGAAAUCCAUUCAGGCGAAAUUAUUUGUUGCUGCACCGAAUUCCUGUUCCUCUGAUUCAGACUCCGAUUCGCCGAAGGCCUCAAAACCACUACUUCAAAAAGAAAUACACCAUUCAGGAUCCGCCAUAUCUUGUUCUAAUGCCGUCUUUAGCCACAAACAACAUACACUUUGUCUAGAUACUUCUUCAGCCACAAAUCUUUCUGCUUCUAAAGUGACUAACCCGGCUCAGCAAGUGAAAGGGGCUUCGAAUCUGUUUAAUCAGAUGAGACAAUCAGAGGAGGCAUCAAAACCUUCCGCCAAGAAACCAUCAGCAGGCCCACUUGUAUGUGGUUCGAAGAGCAUCGCGGGC